CUGAUUCACGUGCGUCACAGGCAACACGUUUCAGUGGUACACAGCGCUUCAGUCAUCCUCUAACUCUCUGCAGACUUUACACUUUAACCGUGUUCCAGUCGCAUUUGUCUGCGUCCAUCCGUCACGUCGUCCCGCAGACUUUUCUCCAGAGUGGUGUGUUGGUCCAAGAUGGGGAAGAGAAGCAGGCAGCGGCAGAAGAACCAGAGUGGAGGAAGAGACGACAGAGACAAGGCUGGCUGGGGAGCUGGCUACGCCGACAUAGUGAAGGAGAAUAAGCUGUUUGAGCACUACUACAAAGAGCAGGGCCUGGUGCCUGGGGGAGAGUUUGAACAGUUUAUGGAUGCAAUGAGGAAACCACUGCCAGCAACCAUCCGCAUCACUGGAUACAAGAGCCAUGCCAAGGAAAUCCUCCACUGUCUGAAGGACAAAUACUUCAAGGAUAUUCUGGAUGUGGAGAUCGACGGCCAGAAGAUCGAGGCUCCGCAGCCUCUCAGCUGGUAUCCUGAUGAGCAGGCCUGGCACACCAACAUGAGCAGGAAGAUCAUCAGGAAGUCUCCGCUGCUGGAGAAGUUCCACCAGUUUCUGGUCAGCGAGACCGAGUCGGGUAACAUCAGCCGACAGGAGGCUGUCAGUAUGAUCCCUCCUCUCCUCCUGAAGAUUGAGUCACACCACAAGAUCCUGGACAUGUGUGCAGCUCCAGGGUCCAAGACAGCCCAGCUGAUUGAGAUGCUGCAUUCUGACAUGGACGUGCCAUUUCCAGAGGGCUUCGUCAUCGCCAACGACGUGGACAACAAGCGCUGCUACCUGCUCGUGCACCAAGCCAAGCGUCUCAACAGCCCCUGCAUCAUGGUGGUCAACCACGACGCCUCCUGCAUCCCCACGCUCAAGAUCGAUGUAGACGGCACGAAGGACAUCCUCUUCUACGACCGCAUCCUGUGUGACGUGCCCUGCAGCGGGGACGGCACCAUGAGGAAGAACAUAGACGUGUGGAAGAAAUGGACGACCAGCAACAGCCUGCACCUCCACGGGCUCCAGCUGCGUAUCGCAGUGCGCGGGGUCGAACAGCUGGCUGUGGGAGGGAGGAUGGUCUACUCCACCUGUUCACUCAACCCUAUAGAGGACGAGGCUGUCAUCGCAGCACUGCUGGAGAAGAGCGAAGGAGCGUUGGAGCUUGCCGACAGCUCGGCUGACCUGCCAGGGCUGAAGUGGAUGCCUGGGGUCACUUCCUGGAAGCUGAUGACCAAAGAGGGCCAGUGGUUCUCGGACUGGUCCGAGGUGCCAAGCAGUCGUCACACGCAGAUCCGCCCCACCAUGUUCCCACCUAAAGACCCAGAGAAACUCGCCAGCAUGCAUCUGGAGAGAUGUAUGAGGAUUCUGCCACAUCACCAGAACACUGGAGGCUUCUUUGUGGCCGUGCUGGUGAAGAAAGCCCCGAUGCCGUGGAACAAAAGAUAUCCCAAGCUGAGGAAGGACGUUUCGUCCAGCUCAGCAGCCCAGACUGAAGCCUCCCCAGCAGCCUCGACCCCCGCAGACACUCCCCGCCUCCCAGAUAGUGCUGUGGAGGAGGCGGAGGGGGGAGGCCUGGAGGGAAAAGUGGACGAGGAGGCACCCAAAGGAGCUCCCUUGGCUCAGGAGACCUCUGCUAAACAAGAUGGAGUGUGUGGCCCUCCGGCCUCUAAGAAGAUGAGGCUGUUUGGUUAUAAAGAAGAUCCCUUUGUGUUCCUCACUGAAGACGACCCUGUGUUUAACACCAUACAAUCUUUCUACGACCUGUCUCCAGACUUCCCCAAACUCAACGUUCUGACCAGGACCCACGAGGGCAAGAAGAGACACCUGUACAUGGUGUCCAAGGAGCUGCGCAACGUGCUGCUGAAUAACAGCGAGCGCAUGAAGGUCAUUAACACAGGAGUGAAGGUGUGGUCUCGCAACAGUGACGGAGAGGAGUUUGGCUGUGCCUUCAGACUGGCUCAGGAGGGCAUCUACACUCUGCAGCCGUAUAUUCGCUCCAGGAUAAUCAGAGUGAGUGUGGAGGACAUCAAAGUGCUGCUGACCCAGGAGAACCCUUUCCUCAGCAAGCUGGAGGAUGACGCUCACGCUCAGGCCAAGAAAAUGGUCAUGGGAAGCAUUGUGCUGAAGUAUAUUCCCAACCCAGAUAACCCAGCGGAGCCUCAGUGUCCCAUCCAGCUGUGUGGCUGGAGGGGAAAGACGUCCAUCCGAGCCUUCGUCCCCCGCAACGAGAGGUUCCAUUACCUCCGAAUGUUAGGCGUGGAGGUCUUCAGAGACAAGCAGGGCCUCGGGCAGAAAGGGAGAGAUGGAGAAAAGGAAGAGGUAGAGGAUGAAGCGGUAAAGGAGGAAGGAGCGGCGGAAAACGAGGCAGAGCUGGACUUUGAGAACGGUGAUGAAAACAGAUCAUCAGAGCCAAAGAAGCAGCCAGAGGACGAGUAGCCGUGAGUGUAGAGGGGACGGUAGAGAGACAGGAGGACUGACUGAAGGCUUGGUAAAACCCUGAGCUGCUGACCAGGUCAAAGACCGCGUCAUGUGGUCAGGAAGGUGAUGUGCCUCUACGGGUGUCUCUGGUCACCACACUGCCACUGCAGCAGGGUUCCCUCCCACAGAUGGACUCCACUGGGAUUUUUAAUUGUUGGAGCCCCUCCAGGAGUCGGCUUUGUAGUUAAAUGGCGUCUUAUUUUAUUGAACUGUUGUUUUUUUUAUAUAUAUAUUUUACCAAACUUACCCCACUGACCAAGUGGCAUCAGUUUUCUUUCCGUUGCUCGUGUUCAGAGGUUUAUAUUAACUGCCAUCUCAUUUUCUACACCUGUAAUUUAGCAGAAAUAUGGAGUUGAUUAAAGCGUUAAAGGUUAACUGUACCUGUUCACAUGA